CAGGAAGGAGUACUGCUUGGCCAGGAUGGGAGAAGUCUCCGAGGGGCCUCAGCAAAACGCAGAAGAGCCUGAUCCUGACUGGUGCUGAAGACAGGAAUUCUGGACUGUAUCGAGCAUCUCCUGAGCCAGUCUGGCAAGUCUUUCCUGAGCAGCCGUAAGGAGCUGAGCCUCGGGUUAGCCACAUUGCCCCUUUGUUCCUUCUGCUCUCAAUGGAUGUAUCCUGGCCGCAGUCCGGUUCUGUGCCCUCUCAUGCAAGUAUCCCCAGGCAGGCACCCGUGUAACCAGUCUGGGGAGGUGGAAGUGUCUCAGAACCAUGGGGAGCUUCUACAAGGACUACUUCAACUCCUGCAAAAUCUUGGAGCACUACAAUUACACCAAGGACAAGCUGGAGAAAGGCGGGGUCCCUUCACUGGGGCCCAUCACGGUCGUCAUCAUCGUGUUUUGCUGUUUUAUUAUCCUGGAGAACCUGCUGGUACUCGUGUCUGUCUGGAGGAACAAGAAGUUCCAUUCGGCCAUGUACAUCUUCAUUGGCAACCUGGCCUUCUCGGACCUUUUGGCUGGCGCCGCCUUCAUUGCCAACGUGGUGCUGUCAGGCCCGGCGACCUUCCUCCUCACCCCGCUGCAGUGGUUUGUGCGGGAGGGGACGGCCUUUGCCACCUUGGCAGCCUCUGUCUUCAGCCUGUUGGCCAUCGCCAUCGAGAGGCAUGUGGCCAUCACCAAAGUGAAGGUCUACAGCAGCGACAAGAACUGCCGGAUGGUGCUCCUGAUCGGGGCGUGCUGGGUCAUCUCGGCCAUCGUCGGGGGGCUGCCCGUUCUGGGUUGGAACUGCAUGAAUAACCUCGAGGCGUGCUCCACUGUCCUGCCGCUCUACUCCAAGCGCUACGUCUUCUUUGUGGUCACCAUCUUCACCCUCAUUCUUUUGUCCAUCGUGGUCCUUUAUGUCCGGAUCUACCGCAUUGUCCGUUCCAGCCAUGCCGAGAUGGCCGGAUCCCAGACUAUGGCCUUACUGAGGACUGUGACCUUCGUCCUGGGGGCCUUCAUUGUGUGUUGGCUGCCGGCCUUCAUCGUCCUCUUGAUAGAUGCUUUGUGUCCCAGGAAGUCAUGCACCAUCCUUUACCAGUCAAAGUAUUUCUUUGCCUUUGCCACCCUCAAUUCCGCCAUCAACCCCCUCAUCUACACCCUCCGCAGCAAGGACAUGCGGAAGGAGUUCCUCCGAGUGCUCUGCUGUUGGGGCAUGAUGGGGCAGGGCAAACCCGCGGAACGCUGCAUGAUCCCGCUGCGCAGCUCCAGCUCCCUGGAACGGUGCAGCCCCAAACAGGACCUCACCACUGCUCCUUUCAUGAAGGAACGUUCCACUUUUGUUUGAGGAGGCACAAGGGGGGGGACCUUGGGGGUGGGUAGACCCCCCCCAGAGAGAAAGGGUUUGGUAGGCCCAAGAGAGCGGUACAAUAAAGACGCGGUACGUGGUGUGAACAUAUUGUCAGUCACCUACCGUGGAGGUGCAUGGUGUCCAUUUGGUCACUGGACCUGCACAGUAUUAUAACUUCCUCUGUUUGAAAGCAGGUGUGUUUGGGGAAUAGGUAGCAGUGGAGCGACGGAUACCUGACUUGGUACGAUUCUUCUUCCUAGAAGGUGCCCUCACCUGCCUGUCCACCCCCAUUCCCUUCCCGCCUGCCUCUGAGAGCGUGUGCGCCUGCUUCCAUCCCCAUCGAGUCAUUCACUCCCUUUUUCAGUUUGCUCUGAAGGUAUCAAGGGGGGAGACUUUGCUGGUAACGGUGGUCCCUCCAGUCCCGCCCAAAAUAGUCAGGUGCCUGAAAGGGAAACGGUCAAAGGCCAGCAGCCCCCCCUUUCCCUCGACGUGAGGCACAGUCUAGCUUUUUUGGAAAGAGAUCAGAGGUGGGAAUACCCAGCUAUCGGAAACUCAGGGCAGGCUUGCCAACCUCCCGGUGGAGCCAGGAGAUCUGUCGGAAUUAGAACUGAUCUCCAGGCUGCAGAGGUCAGUUCCCCUGGAGAAAAUGGCUGCUUUGGAGGGCAGACUCUGGCAUCGUACCCCACUGAGGCCCCUCCCCUCCCCAGUCCUUGCUGUGCCCCAGGUUCCACCCCCAAAUCUCCAGGGAUUUUCCAGCCCAGAUUUGGCAACCCGAGCGUGGUAAGUCAGAAGGCUCCUGCUCAACAGGGCACUGCAAUUCAAGGGCCUUUUCAUUUUCACCGGGAAAAAUUCUCAUGGAAGUAAAGUUACUUAUACAGGCCUCUGCAUAAGAGCAUUCUGAAUUGCAAACUUCAAAUUGGAAUUGGGAUCCGAAUUAAAAGGUGCCUCCAUUGCUGCGCCCACCCCUCACUCCCCUCCCCGUUCCACCCUAAGGCAUUGUUUUCUGAGUGAAACAGCUGCCUGUGAGUCUCUCUACGCAAGACAUCUGACACAUGAAGAACAUAACAACAACAACAACAUUUGAUUUAUAUACCGCCCUUCAGGAUGACUUAACACCCACUCAGAGCAGUUUACAAAGUAUGUCAGUUAUUAUCCUCACAAUAUGGGGCUGAGAGAGCUAGAAGCUGUGACUAGCCCAAGGUCCCCCAGCUGGCUUCAAGUGGAGGAGUGGGGAAUCAAACCCGGUUUUCCAGAUUAGAGUCCCGCGCUCUUAACCACUACACCAAACUGGCUCUGACCACUACACCAAACGGUGUCGGGCAAUGAUACCUAGGAAGGGUAGUUUAGAAAGAGCCAGUGGUAGGGGCACUGGAGCUGUGUGAAAGGGCUACGAAAUGCCAGAAGGGAAACUUCAGCCCAUGAUAGCCUCUCCAGGUCCAAGCCCGGCUCUGGAAGGCAGCUCCAGCCCGUUUCCAUUCCUCGCUGCCCUCUGGUUGCAAUUUCACACAGUUUUAAACUGGAGAGGUGAAAUUGCCAGAGCCUUCCGGGAGGUGGAGAUGAAAUUAACAAACCCUCUGAGGAGCGAUCUCCAUUGGCUCUGUCUUUUUCAACUACGCUUCCCAGCUAACAUUGCAUCUCUCUACACUUGACAAACACAUACCAAGGCAUCUUGUGUAGAGAGAGACUGUGUUGCGGGCUGAAGUCACUCCUGUUGCGUUUCAGAAAUUAUCUUGAACUUCCCUAAGUAAAUAAGCUUGACUGCAUCCCUUUUAGGAUUAUAGGGAACAUUUGCAGCGGUGAAAAGCAUUCAGUAUAUAAAACUUUUUUUUAAAAAACCCUCACAGUUCCAGUCCCCAGUGUGCAGAGAUGAAAAGCAGUCAGUUCUGCAGGUGCUCGUAUCACAUUUCUGAAUCAAUGGCUGGCUGUACAAGAAGCGUUCUGGCAUGUUGCAAUGUGUGAGUGAUUCUGGCCUUAUUAAAUGCCUGACACUUACUCCUUCCCUAUCCUGCCACAUACCCCAGUGCUUCCCACUCCACCCUUCCCAAUUCCAGCCACCAUUCUGUUACGGGGGGGGGGGAACCCGCAAGCCAAAUGACCAGCCAAAUUUAACAAUUCUCAAGCAGAAAUCUCCAGAAGCAGAUUCCAGCCUCCAUAAAGUGCAUAAGUGUAAACAAUUAUAAAGUGCAAAUUGGCAAGUAAAUAUACAGUCAGGGGUUAGUAUAAACAGCGUCCCAAAGUCACAUUCUUUAGACGGUCCAGAAAGUGCUGCAGCGCCCUUAGGCUUAUUCAUUAAUGUCCAG